GUGAAGCUGAAGGUCUAACCUCCUGCUCCCGUCCGUCGCAGAUUCAUUCAUGUUGUGCUGAAGAGGAGCUGAAGAUGAAGAGCAGACAGUCUGUGGCGGCGGCUGCGCUCCUGGCGCUGCUGCUGCUGCUGUCCUCCACCUCCGCCCAGGCCCAGGACCAAGUCGACCCUCCGUCAGAUUUGAGGUUUAAGAUUUUAAAUGAGAACACGGUGCAGAUGAUGUGGACCAGACCACAGUCCAGGAUACAGGGCUACAGAAUACAAGUGAGCUCAGACACAGAAGAACCAACGAAAGAAUUUACUCUGCCUCCGUCUGCGACUAAGACCUCCAUCUCAGACCUCACUCCAGAUGUGGAUUAUGCCGUAGCAAUAUCUGCGUAUGUCGGAUCAGAGGAGAGUCUGCCCAUCUCCGGCCAGAUCACACUCGAGUCAAGUGGAAGCUCAAGAGGAACUCCCAGGAAACCAGGAGCUUCAGAUGCAGUUAAAUGCCCUGUCAGUGCCGUCAGUGAUCUGGUAUUUCUGAUUGACGGCUCCUGGAGCGUCGGCCGGCCCAACUUCAAAUACAUCCGCAACUUCAUCUCAGCGACGGCCGGCGCCUUUCCCAUCGGAGAGGACAGGACCCGGGUCGGGGUGGUCCAGUACAGCAACGACGCCCGGACAGAGUUCCGCCUGAAUGAACACCUGACACGGGCCGCUGUGCUGCGCGCCAUUGGCAUGCUGCCCUACAAAGGCGGAGACACCAUGACAGGCGAUGCCCUGGACUUCCUCCUCAGAAACACUUUCACCGAGGCGUCCGGCGCCAGGAAGGGUUUUCCCAAAGUGCUGGUGAUCAUCACGGAUGGCAAAUCUCAGGAUCCAGUGGAGCUCUACGCCAGGCAGCUGAGGAACAAGGGGGUGGAGAUCUUUGUCCUGGGCGUCCAACAGGCUGAUGAGGAGGAGAUGAAGCUGUUGGCCUCCACUCCGCACAGGAAUCGCAUCUACAGCGUGGCCAACUUCGACCAGAUCAAGACUGUGCAGAAGGAGCUCAUCACUCAGGUGUGCGCCAGCGUCGACGACCAACUCAACUCACUGGUCAGCGGGGAAGAAGUCGUUGAGCCGGCCUCUAACCUCCAAGUCCUGGAGGUGGCCUCAAAGUCCAUGCGGGUAACGUGGGACGCCUCCAGCGGGGAAGUGACCGGAUAUAAGCUGCAGCUGAUCCCGAUGAAGGCCGGCACCCAGCGCCAGGACCUGUACAUAGACGCCAGCCAGACGACGGCGCUGGUCCGGGACCUGUCUCCAGAUACCCAGUACCAGAUCAGCCUGUUCGCCCUGAAGGGUCUGACGCCCAGCGAGGCCACCACCACCAUGGCCAUGACGCAGCCGGUCAAAGUGUCGCUGGAGUGUUCUCUCGGCAUGGAUGUCCAGGCUGACGUGGUCCUCCUGGUUGAUGGAUCUUACAGUAUUGGUUUGGCCAACUUCGCUAAAGUCCGAGCUUUCUUGGAGGUGCUCGUCAACACCUUUGCCAUCGGCCCGGACAAGGUCCAGAUCAGCUUGGUCCAGUACAGCAGGGACCCUCACCCCGAGUUCCACCUGAACACUCACCAUGACCUCAACGCCGUGGUCAAGGCCGUGAGGACGUUCCCGUACCGCGGUGGUUCUACUAACACCGGUAGGGCCAUGACGUACGUGAGGGAAAAGAUCUUCCAGGUCAACAAAGGAGCUCGUGCCAAUGUUCCCCGCGUUACCAUCCUCAUCACUGAUGGAAAGUCGUCCGACGCUUUCCAAGAUCCGGCAACCAAGCUGAGGAACGCCGACGUGGAGAUCUUUGCCGUGGGCGUAAAGGACGCCGUUCGGUCUGAGCUGGAGGCCAUCGCCAACAAGCCUGCAGAGACUCAUGUGUACACUGUUGAGGACUUCGACGCCUUCCAGAGGAUUUCCAAAGAACUCACACAGUCCAUCUGCCUGAGGAUCGAGCAAGAACUGCGCAACAUCUUCCAGAGACAACUGGUCCAGCCCCGGGACCUGACCUUCUCUGAGAUCGGAUCCAGGAGCUUCCGGACCUCGUGGCAGAUUGACGCCCCCAACGUGGAGUCGUAUUUGGUCAAAUUCAAGCCGGCGGACGAUGCCGACAGCCAUUACGUGUCCAUGUCGGUGCCCGGCGACACCCGCACGGCCCUCCUCCCUCACCUCACCCCGCUCACCCGCUACGAGGUCAAAGUUCACGCUCACUAUGAAAAAGGGGAGAGUUUACCUGUGACCGGCUACGAGACCACUAUAGAAGAACUCGGCGCCGUUCGUAACCUGAGAGUAUCUGAAGAGACGACCAACAGUUUCCGGGUGUCAUGGCAACCAGCUCCCGGAGCCGUCACUCGCUACAGAUUGUCCUACGAACCGGUCGGUGACGAGGCCUCGAGGAUGGAGACCACCACCGUCGGCCCGGAGACGACCAUCGUCCUGCAACAGCUUCGGCCUCAGACCACCUACCGCGUCACCGUCACCCCUGAGUACCAGUCCAACGUCGGCCUGCCGCUGCAGACAGAAGGAACCACCAAAGACGAGGUGGGUCCUCCUAGAGACCUGGUCACCAGAGAUGUAACCGACUCCAGCUUCGCCGUGUCCUGGACAGCGGCUCCAGGAAACGUCAAGAUGUACCAAGUUCGAUGGAAGUCUCUGUUUUCCGACGAGUCCGGCGAGAAAAGCGUCCCUGGACACCAGACGGACACGGUGUUGGACGGUCUGAGCCCCGAGACGCUUUACCAGGUUUCUGUCGUCGCCGCCUACGGUUACAAAGACAGCGACGCCCUGACCGGACAGGAAACCACUGACGCGUCCGCCGCCGCUAAACAGCUGACGGUCUCGGACGAGACUGAGCGAACCAUGAAAGUCACAUGGACGCCAGCUCCGGGCAAAGUGCUCAACUACCGGCUGAAGUACGUCCCGGCCGGCGGCGGUAAAGAGGUGGCGCUGAAGAUCCCGGCGACGCUCAGCUCCACCGUCAUGAAGCGCCUGCAGCCCAUGACCACCUACGACAUCACCGUCCACCCCAUCUACAAACGAGGGGAAGGCAAAGCAAGGCAAGGAGUAGGAACGACACUGUCGCCCUACAAGUCCCCACGGAACCUCCAGACCUCCGAACCCACCAAAUCCAGUUUCAGAGUCUCCUGGGACCCGGCGCCCGGACACGUCAAGGGCUACAAAGUGACCUUUCACCCCAUUGGAAACGAUGUGGACCUGGGGGAGCUUCUGGUCGGCCCCCAUGACAACACGGUGGUUCUGGAGGAGCUCAAGGCUGAAACUAAAUAUUCUGUGGCCGUGUUUGGGAUGUUUGACGGAGGGGAGAGUUUACCUCUGGCAGGAGAAGAGAGGACCACCCUGUCCGACGCCCCCGACCCACCUCCUAUCGGCUCCUCUGACACUCAGUGUAAGACCACCGCCAAGGCCGACAUGGUGCUGCUGGUCGACGGCUCCUGGAGCAUCGGACGCAUCAACUUCAAAACCAUCCGCAACUUCAUCGCGCGGAUGGUCAGCGUGUUCGACAUCGGCCCCGACAGAGUCCAGAUCGGUCUGGCUCAGUACAGCGGCGACCCAAAGACCGAGUGGCACCUGAACGCCCACCCGACCAAAGCGUCGCUGCUGAACGCCGUGGCCAACCUGCCGUACAAAGGAGGAAACACCAUGACAGGAUAUGCUCUGAACUACAUCCUGCAGAAUAACUUCAAACCCAACGUGGGAUUGCGUGAAGACUCCCGUAAAAUCGGAGUCCUGAUCACUGACGGAAAGUCUCAAGAUGAAAUUGUCUUCAGCUCGCAGAAUCUGAGAGACAGCGGCAUUGAACUCUACGCUAUCGGUGUGAAAAACGCAGACGAGAAUGAGCUGAGGUCGAUCGCCUCCGACCCCGACGAUAUUCACAUGUACAACGUCAACGACUUCCAGUUCCUGUUGGACAUCGUGGACGACCUCACUGUCAACCUGUGCAACAGCGUCAAAGGCCCCGGCGGUGGACCGGAGACCGCCAGCGACCUGGUGACCUCCGAGGUGACCCCCUACUCCUUCAGGGCCAGUUGGACGCCCCCCGACGGCCCCGUGGAGAAGUACCGCCUCACCUACAUGAUCGCCAGCGGAGGACCCCUGAAUGAGGUUCUGGUGGACGGGGAGGUUCCCACCAUCGUCCUGGAGAAGCUGGACCCACUGACCCAGUACGUGGUCAACGUUUACUCCCUGAUCGGAGAGGAGAGCAGCGAACCCCUGACGGGCACCGAGACCACCCUGCCGUUGGCUGCACCGACGAACAUGAACGUUUACGAUGAGACGAUGAGCACCAUGAGGGUGAGCUGGGAAACGGCAGAAGGAGCCACCGGAUACAUGAUAUUGUACCGACCGAUCAACGGCACCGAGCCCAAGGACGACAAAGAGGUACGCGUCGGACCGGUUAAUAAUGUCCAACUGGUGCAGCUGACGCCCAACACGGCCUACAACAUCCGCCUGUACGCCCUGCACGGAGAGUCCACCAGCCUGCCCCUGGAGGGGACGGGGGUCACAUUGCCCAUGCCUCCAGCUGGAGAACUGAGGAUCACUGACGUUACUCACUCCACCAUGAAACUGAACUGGGACGCCGCUCCAGGAGCAGUCCGCAAGUACCUGGUCACCUACAAACCAGAGGAAGGAGACCUGAAAGAGGUGGAGGUGAACGGUGACAUCACCACCCUGGAUCUGUCCGGACUCAUCUCCCAGACCGAGUACGACGUGGCCGUCACCCCCGUCUACGACGAAGGCCCCGGAUCCCCGAUGCUGGGCAGCGCCAUCACAGAUGUCGUUCCUGCUCCGAAGAACCUUCGUUUCUCUGAGGUCGGUCAGACGUCGUUCAGAGCCACAUGGGAACACGGCUCCGACGUGGCCCUGUACCGUCUGGGAUGGACCAAGAGGGGCGACAGCGAAGCCAAAUUUGCCAUUCUGAAUAACGAUGAAACCACCCACCUCCUGGAGGAUUUGGACCCCGACACCGAGUACACCGUCACCGUCACCGCCAUCUACCCGGACGAGUCGGAGAGCGAGGACCUGAUGGGGAACGAGCGCACACUGUUGAAGGCUCGAGUGCGUCCUGAUCCUCCUCAAAACUGCGUGUUUAUAACGCCACCAUCACCACGCUCAGCGUCAAAUGGGACCCGGCGCCCGGAAAAGUCCAGAACUACAGGGUCACGUAUCAGCCGCUCGCUGGAGGAGAGCCAACACAGUGAGUUCACCCGCACUUUUAUACUUUAA